AUGUUUAAAUACAAACCUCUAUUGAGAAUGUCGAGGUCCUCCGAGGCAGCUAUGCUCAGGACGUCCAAGACUAGGUUGAACACCGUUCGCUCUUACGGUUCUGCCGUCACAAAAUCCAAGUCAUUCGAACAGAGUUCAAGAAAACGCACGCAGUCAUGGACUGCCUUGAGCAUUGGCGCAAUCUUAGCUACCGCUGGCUCAAUGGUGUGUCUAAACUGGUACAAUGGUCAGAUAGAUAAUGAACCUAAGCUGGACAUGAAUAAGCAGAAGAUCUCGCCUGCAGAAGUUGCCAAACAUAAUAAAGCGGAUGAUUGUUGGGUCGUGAUCAAUGGUUACGUGUAUGACUUGACACGAUUCAUGCCAAACCACCCAGGUGGGCCAGACGUUAUCAAAUUCAACGCCGGAAGAGACGUCACUGCCAUUUUCGAGCCAUUGCAUGCCCCUAAUGUCAUCGAUAAAUACAUUGCGCCAGAAAAAAAACUGGGUCCCCUACAAGGGUCCAUGCCCCCAGAACUAGUCUGCCCACCUUAUGCCCCAGGUGAAACCAAGGAGGAUAUUGCCAGGAAAGAGCAACUGAAAUCGCUGCUGCCUCCCUUAAAUAGCAUUAUUAAUCUUUAUGAUUUUGAAUAUUUGGCUUCUCAAAUUUUGACUAAGCAAGCAUGGGCCUACUAUUCUUCCGGUGCCAACGAUGAAGUAACGCAUAGAGAAAAUCAUAACGCGUAUCAUCGGAUUUUCUUCAAGCCGAAGAUCCUUGUCGAUGUAAGCAAAGUGGAUGUUUCGACCGAUAUGUUGGGUUCGCGAGUGGAUGUCCCCUUCUACGUGUCUGCCACAGCUCUGUGUAAACUCGGGAACCCACUAGAGGGCGAGAAAGAUAUUGCUAGAGGUUGUGGCCAGGGUCUGACGAAAGUCCCACAAAUGAUAUCUACUUUGGCCUCGUGCUCACCUGAGGAAAUUAUAGGCGCGGCACCUUCCAACAGGCAAAUUCAAUGGUAUCAACUGUACGUCAACUCUGAUAGAAAGAUCACCGACGACUUGGUUAAGAAUGUGGAAAAAUUGGGCGUAAAGGCAUUGUUUGUCACUGUGGAUGCUCCAAGUUUGGGUCAAAGAGAGAAAGAUAUGAAAUUGAAAUUCUCAAACUCAAAGGCUGGUCCAAAGGCAAUGAAGAAAACCAAUGUAGAAGAAUCUCAAGGAGCGUCGAGGGCGCUGUCCAAAUUCAUUGACCCUACUUUGACUUGGAAGGACAUUGAAGAGUUGAAAUCAAAGACCAAGCUACCUAUUGUCAUCAAAGGUGUUCAACGCACUGAAGAUGUCAUCAAAGCAGCAGAAAUUGGCGUAAGUGGUGUGGUGCUAUCCAAUCAUGGCGGUAGACAGUUAGAUUUUUCAAGAGCCCCAAUCGAAGUCCUGGCUGAAACGAUGCCGAUUCUGGAAAAACGGAACUUGAAGGGUAAAUUGGAAGUCUACGUGGACGGUGGUGUCCGUCGUGGCACGGACAUCUUGAAGGCAUUGUGUCUAGGUGCCAAAGGUGUAGGUUUGGGUAGGCCAUUCUUAUAUGCCAACUCAUGCUAUGGUCGCGAUGGUGUUGAGAAGGCUAUUGAGAUUUUGAGGGAUGAGGUCGAGAUGUCCAUGAGGCUUUUGGGUGUUAACAGCAUUGCGGAAUUGAAACCUGAUCUGCUAGAUUUAUCGACGUUGAAGGCCAGAUCAGUAGCGGUGCCAAAUGAUGUUCUGUAUAAUGAAGUUUAUGAAGGUCCCACCUUGACUGAAUUUGAAGAUGCAUGA